AUGAUCCCUCCCAGUGGAGCCCGCGAGGAUAGCGGGGACGGGCUGACCGGUGAGGCAACGGGCACAGAGCAGCCGCCCUCUCCUGCGUCCACGAGCAGCCUGGAAUCCAAGCUCCAGCGACUAAAACGGUCACUCUCUUUCAAGACCAAGAGCUUGCGGAGCAAAAGUGCAGACAACUUCUUCCCGAGAACCAGCAGCGAUGUGAAACUGCAAGCAGAUUUGCUAGCCAAGGCCAGCGUGGGCCCCAGCCCAGGCCCCAGCCCAAUGCUCAUCCCCGGAAGCCCUGCAUCUAUGCCCGCCAGGGCUGGCCUGCACCCCGGCAGCAACAACAAGGUCCACGCCUUUCAGGAGCAUGUCUUUAAGAAGCCCACCUUCUGUGAUGUCUGCAACCACAUGAUCGUGGGAACACACGCUAAGCACGGACUGCGCUGCGGGGCCUGUAAGAUGAGCAUCCAUCACAAGUGUGCAGACGGCCUGGCACCCCAGCGCUGCAUGGGCAAGCUGCCAAAGGGAUUUCGGCGUUACUACAGCUCCCCUCUGCUCAUUCAUGAACAGUUUGGAUGCAUUAAAGAAGUUAUGCCCAUUGCUUGUGGCAAUAAGGUGGACCCCGUGUACGAGGCCCUCAGAUUUGGCACUUCCCUGGCCCAGAGAACGAAGAAGGGAAGCUCAGGCAGUGGGUCUGACUCACCCCCCAGAACCUCGACGUCAGAGCUCGUGGAGGUUCCUGAAGAGGCUGAUGGACCAGGAGACGGAUCUGACCUCAGGACACGCAGCAACAGUGUGUUCACAUAUCCAGAAAACGGCACCGAUGACUUCGGAGACCAAGCAAAGACCAUAAACCACCAGGGACCUCCUUCCAAAGACCCAUUACAGAUGAACACCUAUGUUGCCUUGUACAGAUUUGUACCCCAAGAGAAUGAAGACUUGGAAAUGAGGCCAGGAGACAUGAUUACUCUGCUAGAGGACUCCAAUGAAGACUGGUGGAAAGGAAAAAUUCGGGACAGGGUUGGUUUCUUUCCGGCCAACUUUGUUCAGAGAGUAGAACAGCACGAGAAGAUUUAUAGGUGUGUUAGAACCUUCAUUGGCUGCAAAGACCAGGGACAGAUAACACUGAAAGAAAACCAGAUCUGUGUGACUUCUGAGGAAGAACAGGACGGCUUCAUCAGAGUCCUCAGCGGGAAGAAGAGAGGCCUGGUUCCACUGGACGUCCUGGUAAACGUGUGA